GACAAUUGACAACCAACGAUCUGCCGUUCAUUUUAUUGUUUUUUAAAGUUUGUGUAUGUAUUUUUACAACAAAGUUAAUAUAAUUACAAUAGUAUGUCAAGUACAAGUCGUAUGUCCUUGGCAAUGUGCAAGCAUCUCCCCGCGCUGUUCCAGGUCGCUCGGAUCCGGGGGAACCCCAGCCGCGGGUACGGGGAGAACUCCCACGUGGUGACGCCCACCGAGCCACCGCCGCUCACCAAAACCGUCUUCACCAACGGCGUCAAGACCAUAACCAUGUGCAGCACUAAAACACGGAACGCGUUGUCGCUGCAGAUGAUGGAAGACCUGAUCCACCACAUCACGGGAGGACAGGACGACCCCAAGCUGAGGUGCAUCGUGCUGUAUGCCGAGGGGAAGGUGUUCUCUUCCGGCCACAACCUGAAGGAGCUGACGAGCAAGGACGGGCCCGACUACCACCAGCAGGUGUUCGCGACGUGCUCGCGCCUCAUGCUGGGCAUCCUGCAGUGCCCCGUGCCGGUGGUGGCGGUGGUGCAGGGGCUGGCCGCCGCCGCGGGCUGCCAGCUGGUAGCCACCGCCGACAUCGCCGUCUGCACCGAGGGCAGCACCUUCUCCACGCCCGGCGCCAACUUCGGCGUGUUCUGCUCGACGCCCGGCAUCGCCGUGGGGCGCGCCGUGCCACGGAAGGUGGCCGCCCACAUGCUCUUCACGGGCAUGCCGCUGACCGCGGACGAGGCCCUCCGCGCGGGGCUGGUCAGCAAGGCCGUGGCUCAGGAGAACUUGGAUGAGGAAGUGUCAAAAAUAGUCCAAGCAAUCUGCGAAAAAAGCAGAGCGGUGGUGGCGAUGGGGAAGAAAUUUUUCUAUCAGCAGAUGGAGGAAGAUAUCAGGACAGCAUACAGGCUGGGGGAGGAGGUGAUGGUGAGCAACAUAGCCCUGGCCGACGGGCAGGAAGGCAUCCGCAGUUUCAUCGAGAAGAGGAAGGCCAUCUGGGGCCACAACUUCGAGAAAGCUCACUAAAUGCAAGCGCCAGUGGCAUCUCAGACAAUUGCGACGGUUCAUAAACGUUACUGCAGCUAGAAAAAUCACGUAUGGUGCCAGCGAUGUGCAAUACGCCUGUUAUUGUCAUUUCAUUUCUCCUAAUUGAAAUUUAGUAGCUAUCUGUAGUGUGUCGAGCAUUUGGGGAAAAUCUGGAAUAGCCAAGGGAGUUUUUAAUUUCUGGAAAAAUCGGGGAAUUGUCUGGGAAAAUAUAUGUUAGGUCAGAGAAUUUAAAUGAGAUGGUUAGACAAAAGCUCACCCUGUAUCGCUAACCUGCUACCUGUGCUAUUCAUAUUGUAUUUGGAUUCAGUCUUUGUUAUGUUGAAAAGCUGUUGUGCCAAGUAUCUUCGGGCAGAGUGGUAUUUUAUGGCAUGUGUGAAGCUGGAUUCAGUUUGUGAUGACGGCUCGGAGUGUGAUGUGAGCGAAAUCACUUUUUGCUUAAUUCCCAGUCCAAGAAAGGAUCCGUAUGUACUUUUUGACAGUGACAUUGUAAGGAAGUAGCACAAAAGUUUAGAUUGGGUGUUUUCUAUAAAAAAAAUAUUAUAAUUUUUACAUGUUUUGUUCUGUGAACAAUUAUUAAUUUAAGACUUGGAGGAGUUGGGGAAAAAAGGAAAAUUUGGAUUGUGGGUUUUUCAGGACACUCUUGUAUAAUUUUUUUUUUAUUUUGAGUGCUAGGUUGCGCUAAACAAUCAAACAGAAAUCAAAAAACUUUUCAAGAGUAAAGUCUUGUUUUAAAUAAGAGCAAUGCGGAAAUGCCAAAUAUAAGUAAAAGAGCCUAGUUCUAAGUUGGCAUGACAGUUAUAAAUAUAUUUACUACUCAGAUAGCUAGUGUGUUUAAUUAAUUAGGUUUUUUUUUCCUGUUCAUGUAUUUUUAAAAUAAUUUUUUUUUUAGUUUUCAACAUUAUUGUUUUUUUUUUUUUUUUUCACGAUUAGUUUUGUUCUAUUAGUUAACUAAAAAAUUUUAGUCUAUAAUGCAAUGUACCUUUUGUUUGGUUUGCAAAACUAUUUAAAUUAGGUAUGUUUGAAGUAGUGGUUGAUAUAUUUUAAGAGUGCUAUUGCUGUUAAAAAUUAUGAGAUUUAAAGCUAUGUUCAACAAGGAAUCUAAUAUAGUUGUUUAAAUGCAGCUACAAUGAUUGAAGAUUAACUCUGCAGCAACUACGUAUAAUGAGCACAUAUACAUUAUAAAUUUGUAACUAAUGACUUUUUAAAAAGUCAAAAUUUCAUUUAGAUCAUAGAAUUUGCAAUUUACUUUUAAAGUAAGAAAGAAGUAGAUAGUGAAAGACUGUGUAUCUCAUUUUAUCCAACGAGAAAAGUUAGGCUCAGUUUUUUUUAUCAACUUUCAGUAAGUCUAGGGUUCAUAAAACUGCAUAUUUAUUUUUGUAACUUUAUAAAAUGUUAUAUUCCCUUGGGAAACUUAUAGCCUGUUGCCAAUGUAAAGCAUUUAAAAUGCAUGAAUCAAGUUGGGUCGAAUAAAACAGAAAACAGAGUCGACUGGUUCGUAAGUACAACACAGAGUGUAUUAAGAUGCUGGUCAUCGAAAGACGGGCUCAAUCGGUUGGAGGACCGAAAGUGUAGGUGAAGCAUGUGUGAUGUGUAGAUGCUUGGUAUUUGAUCGUGAUCAGUGGUGGAUCUACCAGCAGGCUGAGUAGGCUUUAGCCUAGGGCGGCAGAUUUUUGGGGCGGCAAAUUUGGGGACUGUUUUUUUUUUUUUUUUUUUUUUUUUGCUACCUCAUAGAAAUUAAAAAGAUUUCUGCAUGGCGGUUUUCUGUUUUCUGAUGUUUUACAGAUAGAUAGAAGUCUGCAACAAAUUUUGUCGAUGACUUUCCCCUCUCCCUUGUAAUUGUACGUUCCGUGAAUCCAUGUAGCAAACUUCCAUAUUCUAUAGUAAAACAGCUAGUUCGCCGCCAACCCCUACCAGUAAUCGGCCUCUGCGUUUAAAUUAGAUAUAUUUCAACGAAAAUGUUGGAUUGUAAAAAUAAUCUAGGACAUGAAAAUUGUAGAGGCAAGGGCGGCAAAAACUUUACAGCCUAUAACUUGACAAUUUUUAAAUACGCCACUGAUCGUGAUUAUGCAUGACUUAAUCCUGUUGGUGUUUAUGGGAAAAUGUGAGGCAUUCAUAACUUCAUCGAAGAAUGGUGCUACUGUCACUGUCACAAGACGGUUGCAGCCGCAAUUGUUUGGGGAAUUAGCUGGAGUGAAUUUUGUUACACUGUGUAUUUCUCUUUGGUUGACAUGUAUAUAUUUCUCCUUUAUUAUGUUUAAUAUACUUUGUGUUUCUAAUUUUGUGACAAUAUGCUUAUUUUGUUCCAUAAUGUGUUCUGUCUUGGAUGUCAAACAUUAUUUUUUUUACUUUAAAAGUUUGCUAUGAACACACAUAUUAGUCUGUAGUUAAAUGUAUACUUCUUCAUUUUUGUUGUGACUUGAGAUUGUUUAAUAUUUUACUGAUUUUAAUAUAAAAAGAGGUUGCACACAUUGACAGUUAGUCAUAAUCAGAAAGUUUUUUUUUAGUUAUACAUUUGUGUACUUUUUAUUAACUAUAUUUACGGAUGCAACCUUCAAAAUAUUUAAUAUUGAUAGUUCUGAUGUAAAAAAAAAAUAUUGAAAGCAUUUUACAGCAAAUAUAGACAUACACAUUAGUGUUUAGUUUUCUAAUUAUAAUAGCAAUUGAAAUAAAAUACAUUUAUCUUUAAAA